ACAAUGGAUAUUCACAAAAAUGACAUAAAAACAAAACAACCUUGCCCAUUGCAGUUGGAAAAUGUUGUUUGCAUCGGGAACAUCGGCAUGCGCUGGCCAUCAUUGUUCCGGGUCAAGUGUGGGAGCAGUUAACACCUUGGUUUCUUUGCUGGUAGAGGGAAUUUUAUCAGCCCAAUGCAAUAUUUCCAAUCGAACAUUAUGGCCUGAGGAUUAUGCGGAGCAGGCCUUGAAUCAUGGACUAGCUGGUUAUGAUUUUGUGGUUAUUGGCGGGGGAUCUGCAGGCUCGGCGGUGGCAAGUCGUUUAAGUGAGAAUUCCAAUUGGAGCGUUUUGCUGUUGGAGGCUGGAGAUGAUCCUCCUCAAGAAUCCGAGCUUCCCAUAUUUUCGAGUGAGCUGUUAAAUUCCAAGGCUGCCUACCAUUAUACGGUAGAGGCCAACAAUGUGUCCUGCAAAGCCUUUAAGAACAAUCAAUGUCGCUGGAGUCGUGGCAAUUGCUUGGGCGGUACCGGCUCCAUAAAUGGCAUGGUUUAUGUUGAGGGAACUCCCGAAAACCAUGACCUUUGGUGUUCCCAGGGCAGCAAGGGUUGGUGUUAUGAUGAGCUGAGGCAAUUCUAUACCAAGGCCAAGACGCCCCAGGGCAAUUCCAGUCAUCCCCUCGGAUAUGUUGUCUUAAAUCCCGCCAAUGCCACAGAUAUGGAAUUUGUUGAGCUGGUAACUUCCGCCUGGGAUGAGCUGAAACAAAAUCGCCUAACUCAGUUUGGCGAUGAGAAUUAUUUGCACUACAACUUUGCCAAUGUUACAUUUGCCAAUGGCCAUAGAUGGAGUACGGGGAAAAGUUAUUUGGGCAAAGUACGCCAAAGGCCAAAUCUUAAGGUUAUUAAAAAUGCCAGGGUUACCAAACUGCAGUUUGAUAAGGAGCAUGAAAAACUACUCUCCGUGGAGUUUGUGGUCAGGGAAAAGAGAACAAUGAAGGUCCAGGUUAACAAAGAGGCCAUACUUUCGGCAGGGGCCUUGGAAUCACCCAAACUUUUGAUGUUAUCAGGUAUUGGACCUUUUAGCCAUCUGCGACGACUUAAUAUUCCCCUGCGCCACAAUUUACCGGUGGGCAGAAAUUUACAGGACCAUGUGGUGCUUAAUUUGUAUUUCAAAAUGCCGCCCUCUCCCUCAUCUUCAGGAUCAAAUGACUUGGAUGGCAUUUAUGAAUACCUCAUGCAUGGCACGGGACCCUUGGCUUCCUUUGCCACCGGCCAGCUGACGGCGUACUUAAAAACCGAUAAAAAUACAACAACGACCUCCAAAAACAUGCAUUCCUAUUUGGUGGCCAUGAAAAAGGGUAGCUUCCAGCAACUGGAACUUUCGGCCCAGGUCUCAGGCCUAAAGGAUGAACUGAAGGACUUUCUAAGGCAACAAUUGGAACAGCAUGACAUUUUUGUGCUGUAUAUUCUCUUGGCCCAACCCAAAUCUAGGGGUAGUAUAAAAUUAAAAACCUCUUCCUCCAAAGAUCCUCCCAUCAUAGAUGCCGGUUAUUUGACCCAGACAGAGGAUAAGCUAAUUUUAAUGUCCGGCAUAGAAUAUGCCCUCAAUUUGCUGGAAACAUCCAGCUUUAGGGAAAGGCAAAUCGAAUUACUCCGCAUUCCCCUGCCCGAGUGUGAUGGAUAUCAGUUCAAAUCCCUGGAAUAUUGGUAUUGUUUUAUGGAAUACUUUUCCAGUACCGGCUAUCAUUUUGCAGGUACCAUCAAAAUGGGGGCCAAGGAAGACAAUAUCACAUGUGUGGAUCCUGAAUUGAGGGUAAAGGGGGUUCGCAAUUUACGUGUGGCCGAUGCCUCCAUUAUGCCCCGUGUGACGUCACAUAAUACCAAUGCCCCCACUAUUAUGAUUGGAGAAAAGGCGGCCGAUAUGAUUUGGAAGCAAUGGGCGUAGAUUAAAAAAAUAUAUGAAUAAUAUUUAUAAGUUAUAAUAUAAAUAAAUAUAUGUUAACAAUAAA